AUGUCACCUGGUGGUUCCUUCAUCAGGGCCGGGCACGGCCGGGCGGGAGCGGCGCCUCCCCCGGUGCCUCCCCCGGUGCCGGGCCCGGAGCGCUCAGCGUCCCGCCCGUUCCCCGCAGAGCUCUUCCACGACCUGAGGCAGCUCCAGGAGACCUGGCUCACUGAAGCUCAGGUUCCAGACAAUGAUGAGCAAUUUGUGCCUGACUUCCAUUCAGAAAACUUAGCCUUUCACAGUCCUCCUGCUAAGGUUAAAGAGGAGCCCCAGAGCCCCUCGGAGCCCUGCAGCCACGAGCAGCCGUUCCAGCACAACAGCGAGCAGUGCCUUUAUGCCAGUGCCUAUGACCGACCCAGAGAGUCCCCCAGCCCCGGAGUCCUGAUUCAGCCACCGCUCCAACAGUUCCCCAGACAGGACAGGAGCUUCCUGACCCCUGCAGGGCCACCCCACUCCACAUCCAGCUGUGGAUACCUCAGUGAAAACAGCUCUGCGUAUCAGCCACCAGUGGAGAUGUGCCAUUCCUUCCCACCCUCCCAGGGCAUGGCCCAGCAGGACCCCAUUGCCUACCAGUGCCAGCUUCCCAAGCCCUGCCUCCAGUACCCCCAGCAGGGCUUCAAACAGGAGCAGCAGGAGCCGCAGUACGAGCAGGAGAAGCGGGCGGGCAGCAGGCAGCAGUUCCCAGCUGUGGUGGUCAAGCAGGAGCAGGUGGAUUACGUGUACGACUCAGAUGUUCCUGACUGUUCUUCCAUGUACAUAAACGCUGAGAGUUACCCAAGCCAUUCAAAUACAGAAGAUACAUUAGGCUGCAGCUAUGACAAGCAGAUGAGGUCCUUUACUGAUGAUGUCUGUGUUGUUCCAGAAAAAUUUGAAGGAGACAUCAAGCAGGAAGGCGGAGGGUACCGGGAAGGACCCCCCUACCAGAGACGGGGAUCGCUGCAGCUCUGGCAGUUCCUGGUGGCUCUGUUGGACAAUCCCACCAAUUCCCACUUCAUUGCCUGGACUGGCAGAGGAAUGGAGUUCAAGCUGAUUGAGCCAGAGGAGGUGGCCAGGCUGUGGGGGAUCCAGAAGAACCGUCCUGCUAUGAACUAUGACAAGCUGAGCCGAUCACUGCGCUACUAUUAUGAGAAAGGAAUCAUGCAGAAGGUGGCUGGGGAGCGCUACGUGUACAAGUUUGUGUGUGAGCCUGAAGCUUUGUUCUCCAUGGCCUUCCCCGAGCAGCAGCGGCCGGCGCUGAAGGCAGAGUUCGACCGGCAGGUCAGCGAGGAGGACACGGUGCCUCUCUCUCACCUGGAUGAGAAUGGCUCCUACCUGCCAGAGCUUGGGAGCUUCCCUCCAGAGCUCUACAGCAAAGGCUACACGUACUAGCACUGCUGGGAGCACUGUGCUGUGGUUGUGGAUGGAAGGAGAUGGCUGGUUAGUGUUCAACCAGUGUCAGCAUUUGUUCAGGCCAGCACCCAACUCUGGAUCCCUGCUUUGGGCAGGACAAGAGCUCAGGUACACAAGUGGGUGAUCACCCCACAGCAGACAGGGCUCUUGUGUGCUUGUGGUAAAACUCUCACUCUGUCAGGAUGGGGCACGUUCUCAGCCCUGCAGGCAUCCCAGCAGCAGAGCUACAGCUCCAGCAGCAGAUCAGGUAAUUGGUGCCUCAGACGUAUCAAACACCUUCACAAUCCCCCUCAUUGCAGAGGGACAGGAUGCUGCCCCACCAGGUUUGCUUUUUUUCUUAUAUAUGAGAAUGCUACAAUGCUGCUGCUGAUUCCAUUCCUCAGUAGCUGUCCUGAACCUCUGUAUGACCUGCUUUCAGCUCUGACCAGAGGAACUCCCUCUGAAAGGCCAGUUAAGCCUUCUUCCCAGGCUGCCUGCAGGACAAUGGUCACAGACCUUGGGCCUUCCUUGAGGAGUACUCAUUGUCUUGUAGGGUUCACACUCCUGUCUUUCACCUCCUUGCUCGUGCCAGGAGUUUCUGGUACUCAGGCACUCUGAGCAGGAUGGCCAGGAUCAGAACGUGCCCAAAGCCACUUUGGGGAACAGAGGAGUGUGAUUGCACUGGUCUGGGACACAGAUCAAAGCCAAUGCCUCCAUCGGGUAGAGGGACUGGGAAGCAGCAAGGCCUGAGACACCAGUUCAGUGUAGUGGUGUGACUUUUCCAAACUUUAAAACUUCUUCAACAAACAUUCUCAGGCUAUUUGAAGAGCUGCCAGGCUCUGGCAGCUCCUGGUGGAACACUUUGCUGCUGCUCUCCCAGGUAAGGAGGCAUUACAUUUUUCCAGAGUUAUGAUGAUGAUGUAAACGGAGAGCAGUAGCACCUGAAUGCUUCUGCAGAGUCUCAAAAAUGUUCCAGAUGUCUCAAGUCUCCCUGGCUUUUUCACAUUAUGAUGGGACAUUCUCAAAGUUUAAAAAAUAAAAGUGUGCCCAUCCUGGCCUUGGCUAGAGAAUUGUCUGAGGCAAGAGAAGAACCUGGUGGAGGUGUGAUUAAAAAAUGCUAUACAAAGUAACCUAAACCAUACAUAGAUCUUAAUACAGGAAUUCAGACUUAAACCCAAAUAUUUGCAUGUUUGAGGGGAAUUUGGAUGUGAGAAAAAGGCAGCUCUCUCUGCAGUCCAAUGCAGCACAUGCAAUUUAACUAAACUGGCAGGUUUUCCACCACAGUAAACAGUUCUAAUGGGCACUACAUCCUGAUUAAAAUGUGUUAAAUUUUUUAAUUAGCAGCUCCACCACGUUCCCAGUUAGACAAGGAGCAGUGCAGUGCAUUCAUACAGAAAAAAGUCUGUUUCCACUGCUUCAGAUUGAUGUUUCAGCUGCUGAAUACAGAGCAUUGUCAAUCCUGCCAGCAUGGUAGCCUGUAGAAAAAGUUCUGUAUAUUGACUGAAAGCUUGAUUUCCCCUGAUGACUCUCCCCUGCAUGGCUAAUGCCAACCCAUGAAAGGCAGCAUUCCCUGCCUGAGGAGAGGCCAGGUUCCUCAGAGCAGUCUGCUCUGCUGCUGCCUUUGCAGGCCCCUGUGCAGAGUCUUGCUGUUCUGACAGUUCCUGACCCUCCUGCCUUGCCCUGCACCUCCCUGGCCAGCACGGUUCCUGUGCUGUCCCAGGAAUGAGGGUGGAGGGGAACCCUUCCUUUGGUAUAACUGCCUUUACUAUUUAUGAGUGUAAAAAUACUACAACUAAUAAAUUGGUCUUUGGCCAGCACAACUUCA